AACAGCUUUGGAAGAGAAUGGGUGGGUUUCAGCACAGGAGGAACCCCAAGUUCUCCUGAGUAGGGGUCCCUGACUGGAGCAGGGCCUGAGAGACUCGCGCUUGGGCAUGCAAGGGAGAGUAGAUGGGAAUGCAAGCUGUAGACAGCAGAAGUUAUCCAGGGUCCCUGGGCAAAGUUGGGCGCUUUUAUUUGGUAAUUGCUGGGGAUCAUUCUUGCCUGUUCAUCCCUCCACCUAACUGUCCCAGACCAGGGGCACCUGCCUUGCUGGUCCCCUAUCCCUCCCGUCCACCGACCCGCUCUGAGUUCUCUCUGCCAUUUGGGGAGCUCUUUGCAGGUUUUCUCUGGACUCCUGUGGCCUAUGCCUGGCCUAGUUCUGACCUGGGCAGCAGCUGGGAGGCUAGAUCAGAAACAUCAGGGGGCUACAGAGACCGGGGUGAUAAGUGUGUCUUUCUUUCUCUUCUCUUCCUCCUCUUAUGCACGGCCUCCCUCUCUACCAGCACUGGAAAGUCCUGUUUGAUCAGUUUGACCCUGGCAACACAGGCUACAUCAGCACAGGCAAGUUCCGGAGCCUCCUGGAGAGCCACAGCUCCAACCUGGACCCGCACAAAAGGGAGGUGCUCCUGGCUCUGGCGGACAGCCAUGAGGAUGGGCAGAUCUGCUACCAGGACUUUGUCAACCUGAUGAGCAACAAGCGCUCCAACAGCUUCCGCCAGGCCAUCCUGCAGGGCAACCGCAGGCUGAGCAGCAAAGCCCUGCUGGAGGAGAAGGGGCUGAGCCUGUCGCAGCGCCUGAUCCGCCAUGUGGCCUACGAGACACUGCCCCGGGAGAUUGACCGCAAGUGGUACUACGACAGUUACACCUGCUGCCCACCGCCCUGGUUCAUGAUCACUGUCACACUGCUGGAGAUUGCCUUUUUCCUCUACAAUGGGGUGUCGCUGGGUCAGUUCGUGCUGCAGGUGACCCAUCCACGCUACCUGAAGAACUCUCUGGUUUACCACCCCCAGCUCCGAGCGCAGGCUUGGCGCUACCUGACGUACAUCUUCAUGCACGCUGGGAUAGAACACCUGGGACUCAACGUGGUGCUGCAGCUGCUGGUGGGGGUUCCCCUGGAGAUGGUGCAUGGAGCUACCCGCAUCGCGCUUGUCUAUGUGGCUGGUGUUGUGGCAGAAUUGGUCGGGCAUGAAGUGUCAGUUCAAGCUGCUGCGGAUGGCUGUGGCCUUGAUCUGUAUGAGCAUGGAGUUCGGGCGGGCUGUGUGGCUCCGGUUCCACCCAUCGGCUUAUCCCCCGUGUCCUCACCCCAGCUUCGUGGCACACUUGGGUGGCGUGGCUGUGGGCAUCACUCUGGGCGUGGUGGUCCUGAGGAACUACGAGCAGAGGCUGCAGGACCAGUCACUGUGGUGGAUUUUUGUGGCCAUGUACACCGUCUUCGUGCUGUUCGCCGUCUUCUGGAACAUCUUUGCCUAUACCCUUCUGGACUUGAAGCUGCCUCCACCUCCCUAAGGGGCUGGAGGACGAGGUGGGGAGGGGAGGGAGAAGCAGCAUCCAGAGGGGCACCUGCAUCGUUUUCUCAUCGCCAGCUUGAUGAGGCCAGGGAGGAGAGGUUGGAGACUCUAGGCCACUGUGACGUUGAGGUUUAGAUUUGAGCAGACAGUGGAUGGAGGCUCUUCCUGAAAGGCACUGGUGGAGGAACUGAAGGUGGCUUCUGUGACUUCUCAGCUAUUCUGAUGUGAUGGAGCCAGUCCGGCGGCUGGGGGAGGAUGACAGUGGCUGUCCCCGUGCGCUGGGCUUGUUCCGUCUGGCUCCCCGGGCUCCCCUCUCCCCGUCACAGACCGUUGCAGCUUCUCCCUCAUCUUCCACGCGGAGAUCCUAAGAGACAUAAGGAAGGUGUGAGGGUUACCGAGGCUAGGCAGGUCUUCCCCAGCCCAGGGACAGUGGCAGGCCAGGCAGUUUUCCCACCACAGCUCGGGGUCUGGAGCUCUGGGGUGAGAGGAGGGCCGGAGGGGGUCACCAGAGUCACCUCCUAGGCCUGCCAGUGAGCACACUGGGGCACAGCUGCUCAGGCCUGCCCUGGGAAGAACAGGGAAAUGCUGUAGGCUCCAGGCCCCUGUCUUGCACUGAGGGACAAAUGACAGGAACCUAAACUGGAGGAAUAAACCUCAUCCAAUUUCUGCCGUAGGAAAGGCACAGGACCAACUUUAGACUUGUCUUGCGCUUUCACCCAGAACUCUGACAUCUCACACCGACACGCCAGCCUCCAUGCCUUGCCUUGACUUCCGGGUCUUUACUUUCCUUUCCACUGCCCUAAACCUACUUUGUGCCUCUUUUGGGACUGGAGACCGUGUUGGGGGUGCUUGUGCUUGUGCGUGUGUGUGCGUGUGAUUGGAAGCACAGUGUGAAGCUGGGAGAGAUUGCAGAGGUGUGCGUGGAGCAUCUGCGUAAGGAGAGAGAAGGGUGCCGGGGAGGGAAGCCAUGGUAUGCUGUGGCAUAGUUGCUGAGUGUCCUUAGUUUUAGCAAAGCCUGCCCCUUUUUUCCUGUCAUCUGUCCCUUCUGGAUACCUUCCUGAGCAUCACUGAUGAGCAGGAAAAACGGUCCAUGCUGGAGGGAGACGGCAGGCCCUACCAAGUUCUCCUGGGACGUCAAAAGGAAACUUGCAGCCACAUUCUGCUUCUAUUUUAUUUCUGAGAUGCCGUUCCUUUCCAAACAUGCCCUCCCUUGUCUCCCUUAGAAGAAACCUGAAGCCAGGCGUGGUGGCGCACGCCUGUAAUCCCAGCACUCGGGAGGCUGA